AUGUGACAACGCCAAACACGGCCUUAUCUGGGUUUAUGCUCAUUUUCGAAACUCUCAUCUCUAAACCCUAAUUUUUCGAUUCCACUCUAUUUUUCUCUCUGAAACACCCAAACUUCUGCAACCCAGAACAACUACUAGGGUUUUAACAACUCCCCAUUUCCCCCCGGCUGACCCGCCAUUAUGUAUCUCUACAGUCUCACUCUCCAGAAGCCUACCGGCAUACUGUGUGCCAUCAACGGGAGCUUCUCCGGCGGAAAAGUGCAAGAAAUUGUAGUCGCCCGUGGCAAAGUCCUCGACCUCCUCCGCCCUGAUGACAACGGUAAGCUCCAAACCCUCCUCUCCGUUGAAAUCUUCGGUGCCAUUCGUUCGUUAGCUCAGUUUCGACUUACUGGCGCUCAGAAAGAUUACAUUGUGGUGGGGUCGGAUUCGGGAAGGAUAGUGAUAUUGGAGUAUAAUAAGGAGAAGAAUUGUUUCGAUAAAGUCCAUCAGGAGACUUUCGGGAAGUCUGGAUGUAGGAGAAUCGUUCCGGGUCAGUACCUGGCGAUUGACCCGAAAGGUAGGGCUGUUAUGAUCGGGGCUUGUGAGAAACAGAAGCUUGUUUAUGUUUUGAAUAGGGAUACUGCAGCUAGGUUAACGAUUUCCUCACCUCUAGAAGCUCACAAGAGCCACACAAUAACGUACUCGAUAUGUGGUGUUGAUUGUGGAUUUGAUAACCCCAUAUUCGCUGCGGUUGAGUUGGAUUAUUCUGAGGCUGAUCAGGAUCCAACUGGCCAAGCUGCCAGUGAGGCUCAGAAACAUUUGACAUUUUAUGAGUUGGACUUGGGGCUUAAUCACGUCUCCAGGAAGUGGUCAGAACAGGUUGAUAAUGGUGCUAACCUUCUUGUGACUGUUCCUGGUGGUGGGGAUGGACCGAGUGGUGUGCUUGUGUGUGCUGAAAAUUUUGUUAUAUAUAAGAACCAAGGUCAUCCUGAUAUUCGGGCUGUGAUUCCUAGGCGUGCAGAUUUGCCUGCUGAGCGAGGUGUUCUGAUUGUUUCAGCUGCUAUGCAUAAGCAGAAGUCCAUGUUUUUCUUUCUUUUGCAAACGGAGUAUGGAGAUAUUUUUAAGGUUACUUUGGAUCAUGACAAUGACAGGGUUAAGGAGUUAAAGAUCAAGUACUUUGAUACAAUUCCAGUCACGUCUUCAUUAUGUGUUUUGAAGUCAGGUUUCCUGUUUGCUGCAUCAGAGUUUGGGAACCAUGCUUUGUAUCAGUUUCAGGCAAUAGGAGAUGAUCCAGAUGUUGAAGCUUCAUCAUCUACACUUAUGGAAACUGAUGAAGGUUUCCAGCCUGUAUUUUUCCAGCCAAGGAAGCUGAAGAAUCUUGUUAGGAUUGAUCAAGUGGAGAGCUUGAUGCCAAUCAUGGACAUGAAAGUGAUAAAUCUUUUUGAGGAAGAGACUCCCCAAAUAUUUUCACUCUGUGGGAGAGGUCCUCGAUCAUCUUUGCGGAUACUGAGACCUGGUUUGGCUGUUAGUGAAAUGGCUGUUUCACAGCUUCCUGGCGUCCCAAGUGCUGUAUGGACUGUGAAAAAGAAUGUCAAUGAUGAAUUUGAUGCUUAUAUUGUCGUCUCAUUUGCAAAUGCAACUCUUGUGCUUUCUAUUGGUGAGACUGUUGAAGAAGUUAGUGAUAGUGGAUUUCUAGAUACUACUCCAUCACUCUCUGUCUCGUUGAUUGGAGAUGACUCCCUUAUGCAAGUUCACCCUAGUGGCAUUCGGCAUAUUAGAGAAGAUGGGCGCAUUAACGAGUGGAGAACUCCUGGGAAGAGAACUAUUGUUAAGGUUGGGUCUAAUAGACUCCAGGUGGUAAUUGCCCUGAGUGGAGGUGAGCUUAUAUAUUUUGAAGUUGACAUGACUGGUCAGUUGAUGGAGGUUGAGAAGCAUGAGAUGUCAGGUGAUGUAGCUUGUUUGGACAUUGCCCCUGUUCCUGAAGGCAGACAGAGGUCUCGCUUCCUUGCUGUUGGAUCAUAUGACAACACCAUCCGUAUUCUGUCACUGGAUCCGGAUGACUGUAUGCAGAUACUGAGUUUGCAAAGUGUGUCUUCCCCUCCAGACUCUCUCCUCUUUCUAGAAGUUCAGGCUUCUGUUGGUGGGGAGGAUGGUGCAGACCAUCCUGCUAGUCUCUUUUUGAAUGCUGGUUUACAAAAUGGGGUUUUGUUCAGAACAGUAGUGGAUAUGGUAACAGGUCAGCUUUCAGAUGCUCGUUCAAGGUUCUUAGGGCUUAGGGCUCCUAAGCUCUUUUCUAUUAUUGUGAGGGGAAGGCGUGCAAUGCUCUGCUUGUCCAGUAGACCCUGGCUUGGUUAUAUUCACCAAGGACAUUUCCUUUUAACACCACUAUCAUAUGAAACACUUGAAUAUGCUGCAUCAUUUUCAUCUGAUCAGUGUGCUGAAGGUGUAGUUGCUGUUGCUGGUGAUGCCUUGAGGGUUUUUACUAUUGAAAGAUUGGGGGAAACAUUCAAUGAAACAGCUAUACCUUUGAGAUAUACCCCAAGGAAAUUUGUGCUUCAACCUAAACGGAAGCUAGCAGUAAUCAUUGAGAGUGAUCAAGGAGCACUUACUGCAGAAGAACGUGAAAAUGCUAAAAAGGAGUGCUUUGCUGAUGCUGGAAUGGGGGUCAAUGGCAAUUCAGAUAAAAUGGAGAAUGGAGGUGAUGAAGAGGAUAAUGAGGAUCCACUCUCUGAUGAGCAGUAUGGUUAUCCAAAGGCAGAGUCAGACAAAUGGGUCUCCUGCAUCAGAAUCCUUGACCCAAGGACAACUCAGACCACUUGUCUGCUUGAACUUCAGGACAAUGAAGCUGCAUUUAGUAUAUGCACUGUAAAUUUCCAUGAUAAGGAGCACGGAGCACUUCUUGCUGUUGGUACCACAAAGGGACUGCAAUUUUGGCCCAAGCGAUCAUUUGAAGCUGCAUACAUACAUAUUUACAAAUUCAAGGAAGAUGGAAGGGUACUUGAACUUUUGCACAAGACACAAGUGGAAGAGGUUCCUCUUGCAUUGUGCCAGUUCCAAGGAAGACUAUUGGCUGGGAUUGGACCCGUCCUUAGGUUGUAUGAUUUGGGGAAGAAAAGACUCCUAAGGAAGUGUGAGAAUAAGCUCUUCCCUAGCACAAUCACAUCUAUUACUACCUACCGUGAUCGCAUUUAUGUUGGUGACAUUCAAGAGUCAUUCCACUAUUGCAAGUAUCGCCGCGAUGAGAACCAACUUUACAUAUUUGCUGAUGACACAGUUCCAAGAUGGCUUACUGCAACAUGCCAUGUGGACUUUGACACCAUGGCAGGGGCAGACAAGUUUGGGAACAUCUAUUUUGUGCGUCUGCCACAGGAUGUGUCAGAUGAGAUUGAAGAAGAUCCAACUGGCGGGAAGAUAAAAUGGGAACAGGGAAAGCUGAAUGGAGCACCCAACAAGGUUGAAGAGAUUGUGCAGUUUCAUGUUGGUGAUGUGGUUAGCUGCCUGCAAAGGGCAUCACUUAUUCCGGGAGGUGGGGAGUGCGUCAUCUAUGGGAGUGUUAUGGGGAGCGUAGGUGCAAUGCUUCCAUUUACCUCUAGGGAUGAUGUUGACUUCUUUUCUCAUUUGGAGAUGCAUUUGAGGCAGGAGAACCCACCAUUGUGUGGCAGAGACCACAUGGCCUACAGAUCUGCAUACUUCCCUGUCAAGGAUGUGAUUGAUGGAGACUUGUGCGAACAGUUCCCGACUUUGCCUAUGGACAUGCAGCGCAAAAUUGCAGAUGAGCUAGAUAGAACUCCAGGGGAGAUUUUGAAAAAACUGGAAGAAAUAAGGAACAAAAUCAUAUGAGAGAUAAAUCUUCAACAUAGAUCAUGGUUUGCAUUUCUAUUAAACUACAUCUAAUGGUGACUAUAAGAUGAUGGAGUAUGCUGCAUACGAGCCUGAGGCUGAUUCACCCGUUUUAUCGAAGAAUGCAGUUGCAGGAGGAAAGUGAGCACAGAAGAAGAAUACCAAGAACAGUACUGCACUCUUCCGAGUAGAAAUUAUCGCAUUAUCGCCUUUAACAUCAUGGCUCCCCUCAUUUCUUUCUGUUGUAAUUAUUUUGUAUCAGAUCUACUAGGAAUCACCUUUGUGUAAUUGGCUCUUUUCGAAAUUUUCAUGCAUAAUUAUUCAGCCCUGGAAAAUUUGUAAUACUGAUGAUCCAUUUUCAGCUUCUGCAUACUUGAGUAGGCUGCUAUACAAUUUUCAUUUUCAAUGUUUGAACGA